CCUUACUACUUCCAUUCUUCAAAACUUGUACACAAACAUAACCUUCAUUCCUUCACCUGAGUCUGUUAGAAGCUUCCACAAACAUGGCUUCAAUUGGGGUGUCUGAGAUGCUUGGAAACCCCAUCAAGUUGAGUGGUGCAGCAAGGUCAGCACCAUCAGCUUCUAGCCCUGCCACCUUCAAGACUGUGGCUCUCUUUGGUAAGAAGAAGGCAGCACCACCUCCUCCUUCAAAGAAAGCUGCUGCUGCUGUCACUCCUGCCAAUGAUGAACUCGCCAAGUGGUAUGGUCCUGACAGAAGGAUCUUCUUGCCAGAGGGUCUCUUGGACCGAUCCGAGAUCCCACCAUACUUGACUGGAGAAGUGCCCGGAGACUAUGGUUAUGAUCCUUUUGGUCUCAGCAAGAAGCCAGAGGACUUUGCCAAAUAUCAGGCAUACGAGUUGAUUCACGCAAGAUGGGCAAUGCUUGGUGCUGCUGGAUUCAUCAUUCCUGAGGCCUUCAACAAAUUCGGAGCUAACUGCGGUCCUGAGGCUGUUUGGUUCAAGACCGGAGCUCUUCUUCUCGAUGGUGGAACGCUGAACUACUUUGGGAAGCCGAUCCCCAUCAACCUCAUUGUUGCUGUCGUCGCUGAGAUUGUACUUUUGGGUGGUGCAGAGUACUACAGAAUUAUCAAUGGCCUGGAUUUGGAAGAUAAGCUUCAUCCAGGUGGUCCAUUCGACCCGUUGGGACUUGCAAAGGAUCCGGACCAAGCUGCAUUGUUGAAGGUGAAGGAGAUCAAGAAUGGAAGGCUUGCCAUGUUUGCCAUGCUUGGUUUCUACUUCCAAGCUUACGUCACCGGAGAAGGCCCCGUCGAGAACCUUGCAAAGCAUCUCAGUGACCCCUUUGGCAACAACUUGCUCACUGUCAUUGCUGGUUCUGCUGAGAGAGUUCCAACUCUUUGAAUCAACCAAUUCCAUGUUCUUAUCAUCAAAUGUUAAUUAAGAAAACAUGUACAAUAUGAAGGCAUUAUUAUGAAGGCAUUUUGCUUUUCUUCCUUUGGAAGCAAACUCACUUUUGAUUUAUAGAGCCUUAUUAGUAGUGUGGCCUCUUAAUUCUUCAA